CAGCAAGCUGCCCACAAAAACGUUCACAAAAAACGUAGAGAAUUCUCCAGCACAACGGUCACUUCUUCUUCUUCUUCAUCUUCUUCUUCUUCUUCAGAGCUCCUCCACUCUCCAUCUUCUCAAGACCAAUAAUGGAACCAGCAAAAGUCGACUGGAAAAAUGUUCAGUGGAGAUUCGUAGAGGACGAAUUGUACGAGCACAUUAACGCCCCCAAAUGGGUUGAUUUCACCGCGAUCCACGACUCUGUGGAUGAUGAGGCCUGGUUUUGUCGACCCGAUUGUAAGCAUCCAAAGACGGCUGAAGAGUUACUUCGAGUAACUCCUUCGAAGCUUACAAGCCCGGGUUAUAGCACUGAUACUCUUCAAUCCAGUGAUCGGGUAGGAAGAGAUGGAAGGUUGAAGAGAAGAGGGCCUCCACAAUCCUCAAACAAAGAGAAUCAGAAUCCCAAUUCUUCAACGCCUCAAAGCCACACAGUCAAAGCCACUAAGGCAGAGAUCAAAUCAAGCGCUGAGAAGAAGCCAUUGAUGGAUGAUGGGCAACGGAAGAACAAUAAUGGGGCACCAUCCCUGAAAAGCACACUUUCAGCAAGGAACUUAUUUGCAGGGCGAGAUAUUCUGAACCAAAUUACAGAGUUUUGUAAUGAGAUAAAGAGAAUGGCGAUUAGGGUAAGGGAGAGAGAGAAUGUUAAGCAAUCAGCUGUGGAGAAUGGUGUUGAGGGUGAGAAGAAAUGUGUAGAGAAGGAGGUUUCGUCGAAGGAUUUGAAUAACCUUGAAAAGAAGGAGAAAGAGAGGAAGCCAUUUGGUGAACUCAGUAUAAAGAAAUCUGAUGGAUCAAUCAGUAAUAGUGUAAAGCAAAAGGAAAGGAUCAAUAUCAAAACUGUGGCAAACAGCGAAAAUGUCCUGAUUCCUCUGGACUUGGAGAAAGUAUGGCACAAAAGAGAGGACAAUGCGCUGCAAAUCCGAACCAAUCCACCUUCUCCUCAAUGCUUUUCCAAUGUACGUGCACCGAACAAAAUCCCUGCUUCAAAAUCGUCAAGAUCUAGAAUAAAGGAGAAGGAAACCAUUGUAGAAAUGGAGGAGGUAAAGGAGGUGACAAAAGGGGUUUUUUCUGAGAGAGUUAAAGCCAUUACUUCUGCUGUUGGUGAAAAAGAAGCAAGAGCAUUGGAUGUUCUUUGGUUUCUCAAGCCUUGCACUCUUUCCAACUAAGAAGUCUAUGAAGACUUGAGCUAAAGGCAUUCGUUCAGAUUAUUCUUUCAUUCUUUUUGUGUUGUUCUCUGUGUCUUUAUAACCACCGUGUCUUAUAAGCUACAGACUAAUGGGGGGAGUUCCUUGUUGAUAAGAUAGCAUUUUUAGCAACGAAACAAAUUUUCUUGAAUUGAGUUUCAAUGAACAGCAAAAUUAUUCUUUUUACAAUAUAAUAACAUUGUUUAGAGGAAGCUGUGUAUGGACUUUUCC